CCCCCCUAUUCCCUCACUGUCCCGCUGUCCUCUCUGUCCCCGCUAUCCCCCCGCUGAACCCUCUGUCCCCGUGUCCCCGCUAUUCCCUCUGUCCCCGCUGUCCCCUCACUGUUCCCGCUGUCCCCUCUGUCCCGCUGUCCCUCAUUGUCCCGCUGUCCCCGGCUAUCCCCCGCUGUCCCCUCACUGUGCCCUCUUUGUCCCGCUAUCCCCGCUAUCCCCUCUCUGUCCCGGUGUCCGUCUCUGUCCCCUCUGUCCCCUCUGUCCCUCACUGUCCCCUCUCUGUCCCCGUGUCCCCCACUGUCCCGGUGUCUCCCUCUGUGUCCCUCUGUCCCUCUGUCGGUCUCUGUCCCUCUGUCGGUCUCUGUCCCUCUGUCCUUCUGUCCCUCUGUCGGUCUCCGUCCCUCUGUCGGUCUCCGUCCCUCUGUCGGUCUCUGUCCCUCUGUCCUUCUGUCCCUCUGUCGGUCUCUGUCCCUCUGUCGGUCUCUGUCCCUCUGUCCCUCUGUCGGUCUCUGUCCCUCUGUCCCUCCGUCCCUCUGUCGGUCUCUGUCCCUCUGUCCCUCUGUCGGUCUCUGUCCCUCUGUCCCUCUGUCCCUCUGUCGGUCUCUGUCCCUCUGUCCCUCCGUCCCUCUGUCGGUGUGGCCAUGCGGGCCCCGCUGCCCCCCACGCGGCUGCUCUCGGCGGAGCGCGGCGCGGUGCUGCUGUCGUGCGCGCUGUCCUGCGCGGGCUCGGCGCUGCUGCUGGGCUCCCAGGCGCGCUGGCCCGAGCUGCGGACGCGGCCGCGGCAGCUGCUGCUGCACCUCAGCCUGGCCGACCUGCUCUCCGCCCUCUCCUACUUCUACGGCGUGCUGCGCGACUUCCAGGGCACCUCGUGGGACUGCGUGCUGCAGGGCGCCCUGUCCACCUUCGCCAACACCAGCUCCUUCUUCUGGACCAUGGCCAUCGCCCUCUACCUGUACCUGAGCAUCGUCAGGGGCUCGCCCGCCGGCCCGGCCCUGCUCUGGGGCUUCCACGCCGUCAGCUGGGGAGUCCCCCUGGCCAUCACGGUGGCCGCCGUGGCCCUGAGGAAGAUCGGCUACGACGCCUCCAACGUUUCUGUGGGCUGGUGCUGGGUCAACCUGGAGGCUGAGGAUCGGCUCCUGUGGAUGCUGCUGACAGGGAAGGCCUGGGAGAUCCUGGCCUACGUCACCCUGCCCGUGCUCUACCUGCUCAUCAGGAGGCACAUCAGCAGAGCACACGCCGCUCUCUCCGAGUAUCGCCCCAUCCUGCCCGGGGCCCCGGCCCUGCGGCCCCGCUCCAGCGUGGCGGACACGAAGCUCAUCCUCAUCCCCGUCAUCUUCAUCUUCCUCCGCGUCUGGAGCACCGUGCGCUUCGUGCUGACCCUCUGCAACUCCCCCGCCGUGCGGAACUCCGUGCUGGUCGUGCUGCACGGAAUCGGGAACACGUUCCAAGGAGGAGCCAACUGCAUCCUGUUCGUGCUGUGCACGCGCGCCGUGCGCGCCCGGCUGCUGGCCCUGCUCUGCUGUCACCAGCUGGCCUGGCCUGCCCGGGCAGCCCCCGGCCCCUGGCAGCACCCUCAGCCCCCCGGGGACAGCGACAGGGACAAGGAGAAGGACAAGGACAAGGAGAAGGACGUGCCUGGCCCCGGGCAGGCGAAGCCGCUGCUGCCCAGCACCUGAGCCAGCCCCGGCUGCUGCUGGGUCCUGCUCGCGGUAAAACCCAGUGCGGGGUGCCGGCACAGCCCCGCAGAGGGAGCUGCAGCCCGGGGAAAGCGGCGCUGGAGAGGCUGAGCCCUGCACGGGUCCCGCUGCAAACUCACCCGCCGGGAUGCUCUGCACAGACUGCGCUCCCUCAUCUCCCUCAUCAUCUCCCUCAUCUCCCUCAUCUCCCUCAUCAUCUCCCUCAUCUCCCUCAUCUCCCUCAUCUCCCUCACCUCCCUCCCUCCCUGUGCCUCCCCUGGGAUCUGAGCGCUCGCUGGGCUCUCGCUUUGUGCCCGGUGGGCUCUGAGGUGCUCGGAGGCUGCGGGAGCUGCUGGAAGGACUGGUCAGGGCACGGCUGUCUGUCCUGCCGGCUGCAGCCCGCUCCGAUCCCCGCUCCGCUGGGACGAGGCGAUGUUUGUUUGUGGUGCUGGGUGUUCCUCCCUCCCCCUGGUGCUGAGGGGCUGUCACCGUGGGGCUUGGGGGGUUCUCCUGAGGGCACCAGAGCCCUGCAGGCUCCCUGGGUGCUCGGGUGGGGAUGUGCCCCAGGCUCCCCAGGGACAGCCCUGCCCUGCAGGACGGAGCCUGGCCCCGAGCUCAGCCCCUGGGCACUGUGCUGGGUCGGGCUGGGGCUCCGUGUGCCACUUGGAGAUGAUAAUGUUUUACCUCAUUCACAGCUCCUCACUUGUGUUGGGGUGGGGUUUUUUUUUUGUA